AUGGUCGAUAGUGGUGUCCCCCAGGGUUCAGUCCUGGGACCCAUUUUGUUCCUUAUCUACGUGGACGAUGCCGCAAGAGAUUUAGACUGUGAAGUAGCAAUGUUUGCGGACGACAUGAAGAUAUGGAGUGUAAUUCGGGGUCCUGUCGAUGAAGACAGACUGCAGAUGAACCUGAAUCGGUUGGAGAAGUGGUCAAACCGUUGGCUCCUGCGGUUCAACGUUGCCAAAUGUAGCAUACUUCGCCUAGGCAACACAGCCAGAUCCGCCAGCACAAGAGGCUACUUUCUGGGCGAUGCAGCCCUACAAGAGGUCGAAGCCCAAAGGGACCUCGAUGUGAUUACGACGAGUUCCCUAAAACCAUCCUCCCACUGUUCGAGGGUGGCGAAAAGCGCCAUGUCCGUACUGUACGCCAUCAAGCGUGCGUUUAUGGACUUUGACGAAGAAGCUUUCUCUAAGACUUUCGGAACAUUCGUCCGGCCGCAUUUAGAGUACGGCAUACAAGCUUGGAGGCCUGGGCUGUUGUGGAUCAAAACUGCCUCCAAAGAGUCCAGAGGAGAGCCACGAAGAUGGUUAGAGGUCAAAGCUCCUUUCCUUAUGCAACUCGCCUAGUAAAUCUGAACCUCUUUCCUUUGAGUUACAGGCAACUUCGGGGAGAUCUCUUGCAAGCCUUCCGCAUUGUAAAGGGGUUGGAUUGCAGUCUGGCCUUCGAGGACUUUUUUGAAUUUGCAACCACGACCAACCUUCGAGGUCACCCGUUAAAACUGCGCACUCAGCAGGCACGGCUGGAUGUGAGGAAGUUCUCCUUCUCCGUUCGGGUGGUCAAACCAUGGAAGGAGCUUCCCGCAGGUGUUGUGAUGUCACCAUCUAUACAAAGAUUUAAGAAGAAUCUGGACAUAUUUAUGUUCCGAAAUGACCAAGAGCGAUGA